AUGAGCUCGAAGUCCUAUAUUGUCGUUACCGGUGGUGCCGGAUACAUUGGUUCCCAUACCGUUGUAGAAUUGAUCUACCAUGGGUACAAUGUUAUUGCAAUUGAUAAUUUAUGUAAUUCUAGUUAUGAGGCGAUAGCCCGUAUCGAAUUCCUAGUUCGGAAAUCGGUCCUAUUCUAUAAUAUUGACCUACGUGAUGAGAAGCAAUUGAGUCAUAUUUUUUCAUCCUACAAUGUUCAAGGAGUACUACACUUUUCAGCUCUCAAAGCUGUCGGAGAAUCUACCAAAAUUCCUCUAGACUACUAUGACAACAACAUAUAUGGAUCCAUUACUUUGCUUCGAGUCAUGAAUAAACAUAAUAUCAAAACGAUAGUUUUUAGCUCUUCUGCUACAGUCUAUGGGGAUGCGACUCGAUUUGAAAACAUGAUCCCUAUUCCAGAGAAUUGUCCGAAUGAGCCCACGAAUCCAUAUGGGAAAACAAAGUACGUAAUCGAAAAUCUCAUUAAAGACUUACAAAAGAGCGAUCCAACAUGGCGUGGUGCUAUUCUUCGCUAUUUUAAUCCCAUCGGUGCCCAUCCAUCUGGUUUAAUCGGUGAAGAUCCUUUGAAUGUUCCGAAUAAUUUACUACCAUUUCUCGCGCAAGUAGCCAUUGGUAGACGAGAAAAGCUUUAUGUCUUUGGAAAUGACUACGAAAGCCAUGAUGGUACUCCUAUUCGUGAUUAUAUCCAUGUCGUUGAUUUAGCGAAAGGUCAUAUUGCUGCUUUGGAAUAUAUGAAUAGUUUGGAGAGCGAUGUUGGCUUAUAUCGUGAGUGGAAUCUUGGAACUGGAAAAGGAUCUACUGUUUUUGACAUCGUUAAUGCUUUCAGCCAAGCGUCAGGCAAAGAACUACCUUAUGAAAUUGUUGGUAGACGAGAUGGUGAUGUCCUUAAUCUAACAGCCGACCCAAGUCGUGCAAAGAAAGAAUUAAACUGGAUUGCAACUAUGACUGUUGAACAAGCCUGUCGAGAUCUAUGGAAAUGGACCACCGAAAACCCUUUUGGAUUUCGGGUUGACAAUUAUCAUUGGAAAGUAUUUAAUAAAUCACAAACAGUCGAUUAUAAAAAUAGAUUGCAUACAGUGAAGUUUCCAGACUUACAAGUGUCUUUCGCUAACUAUGGUGCACUCAUACAAGAUGUUCAAUAUAAAGGUCAACCUCUUGUUGUUGGGUUCCAAGAAUUCCAAGCUUAUACAUCGGAUAGCAAUCCCCUUUUCGGUUCUACAGUCGGUAGAUAUGCCAACCGGAUUUCGAACGGGUCUUUUCAAAUAGAAGGAAAGACUUAUGAGCUUGACAAAAACCAAAGUGGAUCUACUUUACAUGGGGGAAACAAUGCGUACAAUAGACAGUACUUUUUGGGUCCUGUGUCAAAACAUUAUCAAGAUUAUAAUACACUGGAGUUUAUCCUGCUUGACGAAGAUGGUAACAAUGGAUUUCCUGCCGAGGUAGAGACCCUAGUUAAGUAUACGGUAAACAACAACUCAAUUGAAAUUGAGUACCAAUCUUCCAUUACCGAGAAUUCUCCAAACGAUGCCACCGCCAUAAGCUUGACAAACCAUUCUUAUUGGAAUCUUUCUAGCAAUAAAACCAUUGACGGUACUGUUUUUAGGUUGGCUUCUGAUAAAUAUCUGAAAACAGAUCCAAAAACCCAGCUACCAAGCGGCGAAAUCAUUUCAUCAAAUGAGCCGUUAACCAAAUCCGUUAAACUCUCGCCGGAUGUUUCUUUUGAUAAUUGCUUUGUUGUUGACGAAAGUGAUUUUUCUCUUGAUACAAGAAAAAGGGAGCUAAAGCAAAUCGCUGAAGUUAGCCAUCCUUCUAACUCUAUUAAACUCUCCGUGACAUCAACAGAUCCAGCUUUUCAAUUCUAUACUGGUGAUAAUAUAAGUAUGGAUCCUAUUAAACCAAGAGCUGGUUUCUGUGUUGAGGCGGGUCGCUACGUAAAUGCCAUCAAUCAUGCGUCUUGGUCCAAACAGGUUCUUGUUCACAAAGGAGAAGUGUACGGUUCCAAAUUGAAAUUUACUUUCUCAAGCUGA